AUGCGCUUUUCCGGCAACACCGCAGCUGGCUUGAGCCUCUUGGCUGUUCAUGCCAAGGCUAUUGCGCUUCCCCAGAUUGAAGCUCUCCUCCCCGGUACUACUGUCACUGUCUCCAUCACGCCCGUCCCCGUCACCAUCACUGUCACCGCCCCCUUCACCGUCACCACAACGGUGUUCGGUUUGCUCUCUGCAGCGUCAAGCAACUCAGCCAACACGACCACAACUUCAUACACCACCGUCUCCCUGACUUCUUCAGCUAUCUCCACUACCAUUCCAACUACUCCCCCAACCUCGGGUUUGACUGCCGACCAGCAAAAGGCCCUUGACCUCCACAAUCAAUACCGGGCCGCAGUUGGAAACGCACCCCUGGUAUGGGAUGCCGAUCUCGCCAAGAGCGCACAGGCAUGGGCAGACCAUCUCACCUCCGUCGGGAGCCUGGUGCACGACGCAAACCCGGAUGGCCAGGGAGAGAACUUGGCCCUGAUGUCAGGCGGCACCACUACUUACUACACCAACGCUGCCCAGAUGUGGCUUAAUGAGAAGUCGUUGUACGACGGCCUGCCCAUCAGAACAGAUGCCCAAGCAAUUUGGAAGGGCACCCAAAAGGUUGGUCUUGCUCUUGCAACUGAUGCAAAGGGCACGGCCUAUGUUGUUGGCCGCUACUAUCCUCCUGGAAACUACAUUGGCCAGACGCCUACUAGUUGA